AUGGGUUUCGCGAUGCGUGCACGCCAGAGUGGGCCCCCCGUGGCCGUGGGUAUUGACCUUGGCACCUCCUGCUGCCGAAUCGGCCUCUGGCGGGAUGGCGAUGUCCUCAUCGUGCCCAAUGAGAGGGGCUGCCUCGCCACCCCAAACUGCGUCGGAUUCUUAGAUUGCACCGGCCCUGUGGUCGGGGAUGCGGCCGCUGAGCAGGCGGCCGUGAACCUGAAGAACACCAUCUUUGCACCUCAGAGGCUCUUGGGGGCGACCUAUGACAGCCCUUGGGCUCAGAGGCUUCGUCUGCAGGGGCCCCCGGAAAUUGUAAAGGGCGAGGACGGUAGCGCUCUCUACAGCAUCCAAGAUCGCGGGAAGCCGAAGCUGAUGCGACCGGAAGAGGUGCUGGCCGUAUUGCUCCACGAGAUGAAGAGGCAGGUUGAGCAAUGCCUUGGUGUCACCGUGAAAUGUGCAGUUUGCACUGUGCCCUCGAAGUACGGCCAGAAGCAGCGCAAGGCUUUGACCGAGGCCCUGCACAAGGCACAGCUGGAGGUCCUGGCCUUAGUCAAGGCCCCCACCUCGGCGGCCAUUGCAUUUUCACUCACCAAUCCCAUCGAGGGGCCACGGAAUGUCCUUGUUCUGGAUUUUGGGGCUUGCUACUGUGACUUUUGCCUCUUGACUCUCCAUGGCAAGUGCCUCUACGAACGUGCUGUUGGCAGCGAGUUUGUCGACCUGGACUCCCUGCUGGUGCGCUUCUGCUUGACGGACAUCAAGCUUCGCCUGGGUAUUGAUAUGUCAAGCGACUGGGCGGCACUUUUGCGGCUGAGCAUGGCCUGCGAGAGUGCGAAAAGAAAGCUCUCUCAAUGGAAUCAGACCCGCGUGAACGUUGAGGCGUUGAUCCAAGGCGGUGACUAUUGUGUAGCCAUGUCGCGGAGCUACUUCGAGGAGUUCUGUUCCCGGGACAUUGACAGCCUUAUGGAGAUCUUUGAUAUUUGCUUGGUGGAAUCAGGGCUGGAGCGGGACGCCGUGGACGUGGUCUUGGUGGGUGGCUCUUCGCGGAUUCCGAGGUUCCGGCGUUUGGUGAAGGAUUUCUUCCGGGGCCAACAGCCCAGUGAGCUCCUCCGUCCGGACCACGCGGCCGUGCUCGGAGCGGCCGUCUACGCCGCUGCAUUGGCGCCCCCGGCACCAAGCAACUCGGGCAAGGAGGAUUCUGAGGGAGAAAAGCGGCCAGGCCCUACCGAGCCGGAAGCCACACCUGCCACUCGGGCCGGCGUUGGCACAGGCAUGGUGGGCACAGUGAGUGGAGGCGGAAGCGCAGGGAUCUACAGCUUCGAUGGUUUGCGCCUGGAGGAGAUUCUUCCAUGGUCCGUGUUGCUGGAGACCUCUGCCGCUCCCGCUCCCGAGGACCUGGAGGAUUUGCUGGAUGUUCCUUGCAAUGAGGCUUUCGGACCCCGUCCGCCACGCGAGAGCUUCGUGAAGAAGCCUUCUCAAUCGUACCCAGUGAGUCAGUGA